AUGGGGGCUACUAACGGGACCCAAUUCCGCAUCGUGGACGCUGACGUGGAGCUACGGCGCGAGACGAGAGACUUUGCACGAUGGACUUUGGCGGAUGUGGAGCAGUUGCAUCGCCGCUUCAAGAAAACUUUCGGGUUUGCCGUCACCGCGAGUCAGUUUGAGAGCCUUUUACUACUGAAGUCACCCGAGAGUGUCGGGAUCGAAGAGGUUUUUGAGGUGCUGGACGCCAACCACGACGGACGCGUGGACGGGUUGGAACUGCUGGCGGCACUGGCCUGUGUCUGUCGUGCCACGUUUGAAGACAAAGCAAGAUUUGCUUUCGAUCUCUUUGAUUUCAACCACAAUGGGUCUUUAUCACUGGCAGAAUUGGCUCUUCUAAUGAAGUCUGUGUUAAUCGGCAUGGCGCUACUAACCGGCGGUGGUCCUGAAAGCUCAGCGUUGUCCUCUCUGCACUCUGCAUCAGACGCAAACAACUCUAUGGAGGCGAUGAUGCUCUGUCUUGGGCUAGCAGAAAACGCAUUUUCUCAUGUGGAUAAGACCACGACAGCACUCGUCUUCGAGGAUUUCAUCGCGUGGGCACGUCGCAACCGUGAAUUCAUGCUUCAAGUCGAGCGCUUCCGUCUUAUUGCUGAAAAGGCUGUGGGGUUCGAGGACGCUCUCUCACUGCCUGAUGGUAGUGAUGAUGACUCAGAUCUGGAUGUGGAGGAUUUAGGAAACUCCGAUAAGCGUCGAGAUCAAGCGGAAUUAGAUCUGGGUAUCAGUCGAAAAUGGGCUGAAGUUCCCCCACCGUGGAUGAUUGAGCCUAUCUCUCAACCACUACAGAAUACUGCGUCAGUCUGCAAGAAGAACGGUAUGCCUCCACCUGCGAACUUACAGUUAGAGCGGGUUUACGGAACCAGUGGAUCAUCAGCUCGAAACGCGUGUCGCCUGCUAGCUACGGGUGAAGCGGUUUAUUUCGUGGGGAGCUACGUUGUGUUAUACUCCUCCCAGCGUCACGAGCAGCGAUAUUAUCGUGGCCACAGACGUGCAAUUGGAUGUCUGGAUGUGAAUGCCAGUGGGGAGAUCGUGGCAACCGGCGAUGCCUGUUCGGAUAGCACCACAAGCACCAAAGCUGGAGCUGAAAUUCAUGUUUGGAACGCGAGAACGCUACAAUGUCUAGCUGUACUGCGCAACUUUCAUCCUGCUGGAGUCGCACACGUUAGCUUUCCUGCUGCUGCGUCGGCAGCUACAGCCACACUCCGACAAACCCAGGCGUUGUCGAUUGGCGACCGUAGCGGAGCCGUAACUUGA